AUGAAACUUAUAAUAAUAUUUACCUUUACAGUAAAUAAAUUUAAGUGUAUAGCUUUAAUGGAAUUUUUAAAGAAGCUUAUUAAACUACAAAUACUGAUCAAUUUAUUUCCUCAAAACCUCACUCUUAGUUUAUGGUAUUCUAAUCCUAUGAAUGUAAUUUAUUAAUUAAUUAAUUUAUAAAAACUAAAAUAUAUUUAUUAUAUAAAUAUUUUAGGUAUUUACUUUGUAAAUCGGAUUACUUUAUAAUUAAUGCCUAAUUUUAUUCCUGGACCUUCUGGAUCAUUUAUAAAAAGUUAUGUGUAUAUCGACUUUUUAUAAUAAAUAAUAUUAUAUCCAACAGGUACAUCGUUUUCUUAGCUCUAUAUUUAUGAUAUUAAUACAUUAUAAAAUAUUGCCUAAAUUUCAGGAGCUUUUUCUUCUAAUUAAAUCGGAGAUAUUUUGGAUAUAACAUAUGAUAUAGAUUCAUCUUAAUUUAUGUACUUGGAUACAUAUGGUAAUUUUUAUGUUUAUGAUUUAUAUUCAAAUUAUCCAGUCUAGAAUAUAUUUAAAAUUUCUGAAAUUUUUGAUAGAAACGAAACUCUUGUUGGUUAUUCUUAUGAUCGGGUAAAUAAUAAUGUAUUAGUUUUUAGUACAAAUACAAUAUAUUAAAUUGAUUAUAGUAUUUCUGGAGUUGAAUACGUAUCUCAACUUAAUGAAGCAAACCAAUUAUUUGCAGCAAUUCCUAUAAGUAAUUAGUAAAUAGAUUACUUGAUAUUUAAUGAUGAUAAUGUUAUAUUUAGAUACUCCUAAAGCUUCAUCAAAUUUGAGUUUGAAUUAAAUAAUUCUUAAAUUAAAGAUAUAAAAUAUUAUAGUAAUACUGAUACACUAGUCAUCGGUUUAUCAGAUUAGAUACUACUAUACUAAUAAUACCAGUAAUAUAAACUAAAAAAUUAAAUCGCUAAUAUUCAGUAAAUCAAAUCAGUAAGUUUUUAUAAAUUUAUAAUAGAAAACAUAGUACUGACUUAUGAUAAAAAAAUAAUUCAUUUUGAUAUUUUAACAUCAAAAGUUCUACAUACAAUUUAGUUUAAUAGCUCUUAGUUUGUUACAAGUUAUUAAAUAAAUUAGUCUUAAAAUAUUUUAGUAGUAGGUUUUAGUAAUGGGCAAGUAUUAUAAUAUAACUUACUUGAUUAAUCUCUAUAAUUUUAUUAAAUCUAAAAUUCGGAUUUAAUAAAUAAUUCUAUUAUAAAAAUUAUAAUUUGUGAAAGUUAGUAAUUAUCAUAACAAGUUUAUGCAGUUUCUAACGGAGGAGUACUAUUAGUAAUAGAUUUAUCAAAUAAAAAUUUAAUUUAAGAAGUGAAUUUGAUUACUUUAGUAAAUGAAGAUUCUCAAUAGAUUUUGUAAAGUUUCUCGUUUGACUCUACUUAUUUAAGAUAUUUAUUUGCUUUUAGAGGAUAAAAAAAAGCAUAUGUUUGGAAUAUCACUAAUAAAUAAAUAGAAAAGUAUUUAAUAUAGACAAAUUAAGAAGAUAACUAAAUACGAUUAACUCAAAAGUUUAUAAUAACUUCAUGUAUUUCCCAACUAAAUAUUUACUGUUUAUCUUCAAGAAUAUCUUUAAUAACAGUUAUUAAAAGAAAUCUUGUGGAUGACCAAAUAGUUGACUAUACAGUUGUUAAUGAUUAUAUUAUUGCUAUUUUUUUUAUUGGAAAAUAUGAAGUGUUUUUGAUUCAAGGAAGCACAAGCUUGUUAAUAUCUUAGCAGUUUUAUAACUAUCCUAGAAUGUUAGGUUAUAUUUAUGAUUUUUCAAACAAUUUUUUAAAGAUAUACGGACUUCAUUAAACAGGAGUGUUUGAAAAUAAUUAUAGUCUAGAUAUCUAUGUAAGUUAAAAUAUUAAUGACUGCUCCAUCUUGAUUUCUAGUAAUGAAUUAGAAUAAAUUAAACUAUUAGUGUCUUCUAUAACUCCUAAACAAUAAAUAAUUUAUACAAAAUAUGGCUCAUAAACAGUAAAUUAGAAUGAUUGGUCAAACUAAAUUUAUUUAUAAAUACCAGGUAACUAUCUAAAAAAUGUUUAUUAAUAUGCUUAUUAAACAAACAAUAAUAUUUCUAAAUUUUUAGUUUCUCCAUUUGACUCAUAAUAGAAUAAUCUAAAUUUUUAUAAUGAUACUUUUAGCUAAUUUUAUCUCUAAGUAUUAGAACUAUCUGGUUUCUAAAUUAUCCUAUAGAAUGAAACAUUUCAAAAUAUUGAUAUUGUUUAAAAUUAAAUAACAAAAUAAGUAAUAUUUUAGAAUGUCAAUAUAAGCAGUUAGUGUAUAGAUACUAAUUAAAUUCAAAUAUCUAAUGUAUAGAAGGUUAUUUUUCAAAAUAUUCAAAUUUAGUAAUUGAAGUUGUGUAAUAGCACUUAUUAAUAACAAAAAAGCUCUCUUUUUUACUUUUAUAAUAUUUCAGAAAUCUUUAUCUAUAAUCUAAAUGUUUUUAAAAUUAAUUUAACCUCAUUAUCUUAUGUGUCACUUUUCUCAUUUACUAAUGUUGAUAGUAUUAUGCUGGAUGAUAUAAAUAUUUUUUCCAAUACUAAUCUUUAGUUACUAUCUUCAUUCUAAUAAAUAAAUACCAUCAAUAUUUCUAAUUUGUAAAUAAUCUCAAAUUUAAUUGAUAAUUAAAACAAAAUCUUAGAUAAUAUUUCUCUGAUCAUGUUUUUUGGAUGUCAAAAAAUUGCAAUUACAAAUUCAUUGAUUUAGUCUAAUAGUUAACUGCCAAUAAUUUAUUCUUUUAGCAAUUUUACAUAAAAUGAUCAAUAAAUAAUAUUGAUAAGUGAUGAAAUAUCUUUUUCUCAAGUACAAAUAUAACUAAAUAAAUUACCUCAACAAUAAAUUAUACUAUUGCAAAGUUCAUUUGUGCAAAUAACAAAUCUCAUUUAUUAAUAAAAUUAUGGAAGCUUUUAAAUUAAAAGUUCAAAAUAAGCAAAGAUUUAAGUUAGCAAUUUUACUUAAAAUUAAGCUUAAGAUGGAGGAGCUAUUUAUUUUAAAAAUAUUUUGAAUAAAAUAGAAAUUGUUUAAUCUUUUUUUAUGGAGAACUCUGCUUUAGGAAGUGGAGGAGCUUUAAUAUUUGAGAAUAUUAAUAGUUGCUAUUUAUUAUUUGAUAAAAUUACUUAAAUUAGUAAAAAUAAAGCUUUAAUUGGAGGAGGUUUAAGAAUUAUUUAAACUGAUGGCAAUUAAUUGAAAAUACCUUAGCAGUUUCCUUUUUAUAAAAAUGUUUUCUAAAACAAAGCUGAUUUAUACGGAAAUGAUUCAGCAACUUAUCUUUAAAAUAUAUCCGUUGAGAAUUUUAAUGAUUAAGCAACGCAAAAUGGCUACUAUUUUGCAUUAAAUUAAAAUAGUUCAAUAAUCCCUACUGAUUUAUAGAAAAACUAUUAAAAAUUCAUAAAUAUUAAAAAUUUUUAAAGUGGAGGUAAUUUAUAAUUAAAGAUUUUUAUUUUAGACAACUAUUAGAGAUAUUUUUCUUUUUCUAAAGAUGAUUUACAACAAAAUAUGUAUCCUGAUAGUAUUGGUCAAGAAAUUUAGAAUAUUUAAAUAUAAGUAGAGGCUUUAAAUUAAGAUAAAACCUAACUUAUUGGAGAAAAAAUCAUUAACUAUAUAUAAUAUAAUUAAGUAAGCUAAUGUUUUGAAUUAACAAGCCUCUAAAUAUUAGGAAUAAUAAAUACAUAUUAAUAUUUUUCAAUUAGCUUUAAUAUAAAUUAAAACUCUAUAGACAAGUAUUAAAUAUUAGUUUCUAUUGAUUUUAGAAAAUGUAUAAAAGGAGAGAUCGUCUAAUAGAUUAGUAAGUAUAUUAUGGUUUGUAAAUCUUGCUUAUUAGGAACUUACUAGCUUAUUGAUCCUACCACUUUGUAUCAAUAAUCUUUAAAUGAUCCUAAUAUAAAAAACGAAUGCAAAAACUGUCCUGCAUCUGCUCUUACUUGUUAAGGAAGUAACAUACAGCUAAAAAAUGGAUUUUGGAGAUAAAAUAAUUUAACAGAUCAGAUUAUUCCCUGCGAUUCAUCGAUAGGUUAGUGUUAAGCUCAAAACCCUUAAAGCAUUAAUUAUUGCAUACAAGGUUACAUUGGUCCAAUUUGUUAACAAUGUGAUAUUUUAGGAGAAGUAUGGAAUGGAAAUCGUUAUACAUAGUCUCUCACAAAAGGUGUAUGCAAAAUAUGUGAUACUCUAGCUAUCUAAUGGCUUUACAUAAUAGUUAAAUAAUUUAAGCAUGUUUAGACAUGCUAUUAUCUUAGAGCUAUGAAAAUACUACCAAUAAGUAGGAAUAGUAUAAGAGAUUAUUCUGGCUUCUAUAUUAAGAUUCUUAUAAGUUAUUACCAAAUAUCUUCUUUGAUCAUACCGUAGCCGAAAGCUAUACCUAUAAAUUUAAAUGUAUUGGGUGAUAUUGUAGGAGAAACAGGUAGAUAGCUUUCACUAGGUAUAGAUUGUAUUUUCGGUGCUCAUGUGAUAAAAAGUACAAGUUAUAUACUGUUUAAAAGUCUUACCUAAUUUUUACUUCCUUUGAUUUUGCUUAUAACUGUUCCUGCUAUUAUUAAAAUAUAACAAGAGUUCACAAAUAUAACUCCAAAGAUAUAUCACUAUUUUACUUUUUUGCAAAUUAAUUUUAUUUUCUUCUAGAUUAGUCAAAUAGCUUAUUUUUCAAAAGCCUUAACAUGUGUAUAAAUAGGAGAUUAAUAAUAUAACUCUAUAGAUCUUUCAGUCCCAUGCAAAGAUAAAACUACUUCUUAAUUUUUAUACCUAUUUUCAUUACUAGUUUUAUGCUUCUGGACUCUUUAUCCAUUAAUAUUUUUAUGGUUAAUAUAUAGGAAAUAAUAAAAAUUGAAUGAAUGCAUAACUAUUUACUCUUAUGGUUAUUACUAUAGUGAACUAAAAAAUCAAUUAUACUAUUGGGAAUUCGUGAGAAUUUAUUUGAAAAUUAUAACCAUAUAUAUCUAUAGUUUCCUUUUCAAUAAUACUGUCAGUCUUUGGACUAUUACUAUAAUGUUUAGUUACUAUUGUAGAGUUAUUUCUUAUAAAAAUCCUUUUAUUUCAAUUAACCUGCAAAAAAGUGAAAAAGCAGCUUUUACUCUAAUGAUAAUAAAAAUAUACUUAUAUAUUUUAUAAACCUAUUAUAGUAAUCUCUAAAUAGCUAUAGAGAUUACAUAAAUUGCUAUUGAUUACUUUUUCUUUUUCUAUCAUUUCGUUCUAGUAGUUAUAUUCAAAGUUACAAACUAAUAGUCGAUUUUAGGUAAGGGAUUGAGAUUUAUUUUUAAAAUAUUACUCUCAAAAUAACUAUUUGAAAAAAUUUCAUAAUAUCAUACAAUAAAUUUUAAAACAUAUAUUAGAUGGAAGUUCAUUAAUAAAAACAUCAAAUUUUUAUUAAAAUCAAAAAUAAAUCCAAAGUAAAAAGCAAAUUCCAAACAAUUAAAAGAUACUUAAUAAACUCCAAUAAAAAAAAGUGAGAUCAUGUUUUUUAAGAACAAAUAUUCUUCCAAGGAUAAAUCAUUUAUCAUAGGAACUCCUUUGAAUUAGUCUAGAUAAAAUUUUUUAAGGUUGUAGCAUGAGUAAUCAUCAUUGAAUUAAACUUAAAUGUAGAUUUCAUAAAAAAGUUCCAUACAUAAAGAUUUUAUUUGAACUUGCUUUUUAUUAUAAUAAAUAUAAAGUAUAUAAAAAAGUAGAGAGUAAAUCAGAUGUAUCAUUU